CUCUCAGCUUUUUUCUUUUUUUUCUCCUCUCCCCCUUUAACACCAUGGAUGGGAAGCUGAAGCAGGCUCGGAGAUGUCGCUCCAAGCGCGAGAGGGUGCGGAGGUUGCGGGAGGCGGGGAGCAGAGACGACCCCAACUCCUCCUGCUCCGACAGGGAGGGACACAGUCCGCGGAGGGACGUCGCCUCCCUGGCCUCUCCGAAGGCGCCGCGCCCCGCCGCCGCCGCCCGAGCGCCGCGUCCCCCCCACCGGAGGAGGCGCGAGUCCAGCUCGCAGGAGGAGGACAUCAUUGAUGGAUUUGCCAUCACCAGCUUCACCAGCCUGGACCGUCUGGAGAAGAAGACAGCAGUGGUGAAAGCACAGGAGAAGAAGGAGCGGUGGAAGGAGAAAAAGGUGGCGAAACGACCGAAGAAGGACGAGGAGCAGGAGGUCGGGAAUGAGGCGGAGAAUGUCCAGCCGGUGGUGGAUCCCCUGGAGAAUGGCUUCCUUCAUCACGCCCAGCGGGAGCAGGAGAGGAUGAACGAGAGGCUCCUGAAGAAGACUUACUCCAAGAAGAACAAAAUGAUCAAACCUCUGGUGGUACGUCCAGUCAAAAUCAGCGAGGUCGAGACAGUACAGGAGCUGAACCGGCCCCACAGGAGCAACUCCAAGGAGCAGCUCAGCGAGAGUUCCACUCACUCGCUGUCAGGCCGCGGCUACUCGGUGCAGCCAGCAGCAGUGGUCCUCCUCAAGUGUGACAGCGAGAGUGACAUUGAUGACAAGGUGUCUGAUGUAGGAUCGGAGAAGCUGUUUUCACCCACCACACCCAAAGGUGUGCUGACGAAUGAGAGUCCAGAGUCCAAGACCUGUAGCUCAGCCAAAGUCUCAGGACUCCAGCGCAGCCAGGAGCAGAGCAAAAACGAGGUGUCCUUUGCACCUCCUAUACCCAGCCCUACACCGGCCUCGGCGCCUACGGGCUCCCCUGCCCCGGCCGCAGCAGCGGCACCCUCAGAGACUCCUAGGUUGCACCUCCCCACCCCACCUGCCCUGAGUGUCAAGAAGGAGCAGCAGCCACCAGCCCCUAUCCCUACCCCACCCCUGCUGAGGGCACCACCCCACCCUCAGCCCCAUCCUCCUCACCCACACUCCCACCCGGAGCCCCGGGUGCUUCCGCCCCCUCAGCAUCACGCCCGGCCAUUAAUCAGUCACCAAGUGCACCAUCCACUGCAGUACAACAGCCUGCACGACAUCAGCCACAGCAACAGUCCACUGGGUCUACCGAAACAGCACCUCACCCCCUCCCCUCACCACCAUCUCAGCGGGCUCCCAUCCUCAGCCCCCGCCUUGCCUCUGUCCAUAGCCAACCUCUCUACCUCGCACUAUUCCUCCUUACGGAGUCCGGCACAUCGCCAUCCGGCCAUGUUCGCAACCUCAGCCACACUGCCGCCACCACCAACCUUACCAACCAACAGUUUAGUGGUGCCUGGGCACCCCGCCGGCACCCCUUAUCCAGAGCAUGACCUUCUAAGGCAGGAGCUGAACAACCGCUUCCUGGUUCAGAGUUCAGAACGGGGCCGGGGGCCGUCCGCCUCGCCGCUGGCCCCCGUGUCACUGCUGAGGGCCGAGUUUCACCAACACCAGCACAUGCAUCAGCACCAACACACCCACCAGCACACCUUCACGCCCUUCCCUGCCAGUCUCCCCCCGGCCGCCAUCCUCACCCCGCCCACCGCACCUCCCAUGGUGCGUACCCAAGCCAGAAAUUUCGACAAAUACACCCCUAAACUGGACAAUCCAUUCAUCAGACAUUCAAACUUUUUCCCCUCCUAUCCGCCCACCAUGCCAGGCAUGCCGCCUCUGCUGCCACACUCAGGACCCUUCAGCUCACUGCAGGGAGCCUUCCAGCCCAAGGCAUCCAAUCCCAUCGAUGUGGCGGCUCGUCCCGGAGCAGUACCUCACACACUCCUGCAGAAGGAUCCACGGAUAACAGAUCCAUUCAGGACGUCUGUCAGGAAACCUGGCAAGUGGUGCGCAGUGCAUGUCCAGAUCGCAUGGCAGAUCUACCACCACCAGCAGAAAAUGAAGCAAAUGCAGCUGGAUCCUCAACUAGACAUGAACGGGAAGCUUGAUUUGUUCAGUCGACCGGCCCCAGGAGUCUUCCCAGGGUUCCCCUACCCUCAUGACCUCACACGACCCCUCUUCUCCUCCACAGGCUCUGGUCACCCGCCUCCCUCUCCCUAUGGCCCCACGCCUCACCCCAGUGGCUUCCUGCCUCCUAGCCAUUUGGCAGGUAAGUAUCCUUUCAGUCGCUCCAGUUCCUUUGGCGGCCUCGGGAACCUUUCAAGCAGUGCCUUCGGAGGAUUAGGCAACCCCUCGCUCGGGUCCAAUAGUGUGUUUGGCACAAAGGAGGGUCCAGGAGGACUGCCCACGUUCGGCAGCCCCCACCACGACACCUGGAACAGGCUUCGACGCACCCCACCAUCUUUUCCUACCCCUCCACAGUGGCCCAAAUCUGCAGACGCAGAGAGAAGUGCUUCAGCCAACAGUCACGAGAGAGAGCGAGAGAGGGAGCGGGAAAGAGAGAGGGAGAAACGAGACUCAUCCAUUGGGAAAGAGGAGAAGGAUAAAGACAGAGAUUCAGUGGAUCGCAACCGCCACUCCAACCGCUCAUCUCCAGCUUCUGCACCGAUCAACUACCAGAUCAGCAGCCUGAUACGUGCCAGCAGCCAGAACUCUAAUGAUUCGGGUCGCCAUCAUAGCGGCAGCGUAGACCGGGUUCGCGAGGCAGAGAAGGAUCUGCUGGAGCGCCACAGAGAGUCCUCCACGCUAGUUGAUGUUAAGGUGAAAGAGAGCCGCUCGCCUGGAAAGGAGGUGCUCGAGAGGAGAUCCUCCGAAGACUCCAUCAAACCUACUCAGCGUUCUCCAUCUCCUUACUCCAAGGCAGCCCUCACUGAACAGGGCAUGAAAAUGGUCAGCGGGCCCCCACCUACACUCAAGGACAGCGAGAGGAAAGAGCCCCCACCUACAGAGCUCCUCCAUAAGGUCAAAAAUGACAUGAAGAUUAAGGAGGAGAGGAAGGAGGAGCAAGAGGUUAUGGUGGUGAGUUCCGAACCCGCCUCCCAACCACCAGUUCAGUCUCUCCCUGUUCCUGUCUCCCAACCUGGAAACCCCCACCACAAUCACCCACCUUUAUCCCAGCAGCCUCCUCUUCAUUCUCCACGUGGAAGCGACAUCCCAGCACCGAGCCUACAUGGAGUCCCCAUGGCACACUCACUCCCUUUUUCUAUGAGCACCAUGCCCCAGAUGGGCAGCCUAAAUGUGCUCGACCGGGCCCGCAUGGCUCCCUUCAUGGGUGUGAGCCCUCUUGCGGUGGGUAGGGAGCGGCUACCUCACCCAGCCUUCCCUUGGGACCCUCUUAGGGAGGCGUACCGGAGCCUGGACCUGCAGCGCCGCAUGGACUUUCAGUUAACUGAGCAAGGACAUCGCUUCCCCAGCAUGUACGAACAGGAGCGUGCAUAUCGUGAGAGGGAAGCUCACAACUACUCUCACCACGAACACCUGCUGGAGGUGCGCAGGGAGCACGAGAGGAUGAGGCAGCAGGCGGAGGAGCGAGAACGGCUUCACCUGAGGGAGGAGCUGGACAGAGCACGACUCCAUCAGUUGCACCAGUCCCCUAUGGAAGGCCACCUCCCCCACAUGCCCCCCUUUAUGCCCCACCUAGGGGGCAUGCCCUACCCUAGACUCAGCCCCUCCACAGGACACAACGGCCCUCUCAACAGAACGCCCCCUACUGCCGCUCUCAGUGCCCCUCCUCCCCUUGUACCAGCUGGCAGCGCCAGGCCAGCCUCGCCCAGGAGGACUACUCCGCUUACAACCACCCAAGACCCACGGGACUACUCCCCAUCUCGCAACCCGAAAGAGGUAGAGGCACGGUAGCUUCUGAGGAAAAGUGCACAGUCUUAGUAGACCGUCACGUGUCCCGCUCCCCCAAAACCGACACGUUACUAUGAACAAAAUGCACUUAAGCAGAGAAGAGUAUAAAUAAAUCCCAGAGGAAAGGGUGUGAUUGUACAAAGUCAAAGUGAGUCAGGCUGACUUUUAUUUUUUAGUGGACUAAAGGUUGAAUCAUGUCUGUAAAGAGAACACACGUGUGUUGUAUGUUUAUAUUAUCCAACGUAAAUAUUUGAUAAUUAUUAAUAUAUUAAUCUAAUACCUUUUUUUCAGCUUUGUGCAAAAGAGAGGUCCUGAAAUGAGUUUGUACAUUUCCUAUCCUUGUUCCAUGUAUAGAUAUCAUUUCUAUGAAUUUAAUGUAUUUUGUGCUUUAGUCACGCCUUUUACAAUAUUUAUCCCAGUUGAUUGUGAGACAUAUGCAUUAUGACCCACUGUAAAGACUGGAUUUUGGUUUCAAUAAUUUAACCUCAUGGUACCAGGAUAUCCUCAAUGACAAUGUACGACGUUACAUUAUUUGUUUUGCCUUUGAGAUAUGCAGAUAAAUAUAUAUUAUGAGGUCUUUGGUCAGUCUCUGUACAGAAAACUGAUGUAAAUAACUUGUUGACAUUUCUUUGCUGCAAAAUUGCCUUGUAAAUUUAUUAGGCUUUUUAACCAUUUCUAGAAAAAACAAAAUUAAAGAUGGGAAUCUCUUACCUGGUGGAUGUCAUGGUAACUGAGACACCUGGGCUGCGGUAGGAGGUUUGAAAAGUGGGUGUUGUUAGGGGGUCAUAAAGGAUCAUCAGGAAUCUAUGCAAAGCAUCAUCCAGCACCCUGAUGGAGGCAUCACGCGGGGGUGGGGGGGCAGUAGGUGGACAGAAACUCAGAUUACCACGUUUAUUUUCACCAAUGGAAAUAAUGGAGUUACUCAGACUUCCAGGUCACAAACUGGACCACUCACGGACAGAAAAGGAGUACACAUUCAGUGGGCGGUUAAAGGACUUUCUCUGUCAACAUUGUGGUGUUGUGCAGUUGUUUUUCUUAGGCUCUUGUAUACAAAACAAGUAGAAUUUUAGGCGUGAAAAAAAUGACAAU